UCACGUCGUGUCGCGCGGUGCACCUCAACUGCAUUAGUAAUAUACGCGCCAAAGUCCACGAACUGUUGCAUAUAUGUUUUUUCUUUCAAUUGCAUACCUGCUUUUUUUACGACUCUGGUCGGUGGAUCAACUUGACUCGGACCUCAAGAAUCGAGAACUGCUGAGAAUUACAGUUUCGUUCCGUCUGUGUUCGGUGGAUGAUCGCGUGUGGCUAUGAAGUUUCUGUGGGUUGACUUUAAACGAUAUGUGGUGACGACUUCUAAGGAUCUACAUAUCAUCAGUGUGGUUUAUGAUUGAACUAGUUCAGGCAAUAAUAAAGUUUAGACAAUAGAGGAAGAAAGUGUGCAAAACCUAUCGAUCUCGAAAAGCAUCUAUGUCUCGUUCAACGACGUUCGGAUCUCAGAGUCUGCUUUCUCCAUUCGAAGGUAUUUCCUGGAGUCACAAGUUUGGAUCGCUGAAUCGACGGAGGAAAAAUGCGCCAAUGGUUAUCACCUCCUGCCUUCAUAUGGAUGUUUUGGAAUGGCUGAAGCGGUUGGACCUGGAGGAAUAUCAUGGGAAAUUCAAACAAUUCAACGGAGUGGAAGACUUCCUUUACUUCAGCGAGGCCGAUGUCAAAAAGCUCGGAGUACGAAAUAAUGCACACCGCGCCCGAAUGGUUAGCAGCCUCGUCGCAUUGCGCGAGAAACCUUCAACGGACAGCCUCCUUCGGUCCGAUACACUGCAGCGUACUCUGCGACACAGUUUGGCGGUGGAACCGAAAAAGCUCACUGCCGAGCAGGAAUCAGUCAGCUAUGAGUGUCUGACGGCCAGUAACGCGAAGCAAAGCAAGAGUCUGGGCGAUCUGCUAGAUAUGGAAUCACCGGACGGUGGUGGCACUAGCGGUAACGAAGCGGUCGCCCUGAAAAAAGCCCUCGAAUGGGAGCUGUCGCUGGAUUCGAGAGAUUUACGAUCGCACGCCUGGUACCACGGACCGAUUCCACGGCAGCGAGCCGAAGAGAUUGUCCAGCGGGAUGGGGACUUUCUGAUACGGGAUUGCGUCUCCCAGCCGGGCAACUACGUGCUGACCUGCAAGACCAAGGGUCCGACGCUGCACUUCGUUAUCAAUAAGUUGCUGAUUCAACCCGAGACUGUAUACGAGAGAGUACAAUAUCAGUUCGAAGACGAUGCCUAUGACACAGUUCCUGAUUUGAUAACCUUUUAUGUAGGCUCAGGCAAAGCAAUUUCUGCCGCUUCGGGAGCACGGAUACAGUUCCCAUGCAACAGGCUUUAUCCACUAUCGUUUUACGCUUCUAAGUAUGGACAGCAUGUGGGUGGCAUCCGCGGGCCAAGCCCACUCAAUUCGCCCUCACCUGUACCGUCGUCGCCUGGGUUUAGGUACAAUCCCUACACCCAGCAAACGAACACAUAUCGAAGUCCGAUGUCUUCUCCUCCACGGACAAAGCGUGAAACGCCUCCCCGUCUACCAUCUAAGAAGCAACGUUCGCAAUCUCUAACCCCCCUACAAGGGGCACAAACAAAUCAGCAGCGAUAUUGCAGUGCUGAUGGUGUAAUACAAUCCAAUGGAUCUGAUCCAAGCAGUAAAUCAUUAGCGAAACCUUCUCGGUUGACGGGUUCAACAGAGAAGUGUAACAGUGCAGAUGGAGUCAUACAUAGUAAAGAUUCUUCAUCGAGAUCAUCCGACGAAAAAUGCUCCAGCGCUGAUGGUGUUGUAAAGACUCAAAACAUUGCUCGAUCAGGAACGUCACAAUCUCUACCGCGAUCCAACAGCUUAAGGUCUUCCCACGGAGUGUUGGGCUCUCGAACAUCUAGCAUCAACAAAGAGCCCAGCGAACACUCGUUGAGUCCCUGUAUAGAGCACAAACAGUUCGCUGAGGAUGAGGAGGAAUCCGAACAACCUCCCAGUCCUCCGCCAAAACCUGGACGGGGUGUUCACAGGAACGACUCCAUAAAGGAAGCAGAUGCCCACGGUCCAAUCCACCGAAUGGGAUCAUACCACCCGAGUGGAUCGGAUUCCGGUAACGGCUCUGGAGACUCUGCACAAAGUUCCGCCACUGGAGAAGACAUCGUCGUUCAACAUCGAGGCGGAGUGAUAUUGAAAAACCCCCGCUUUAUACCAACUUCGAUGUCGUCGAUCACACUAAGGUCGUACGCAGAUUUCGACCCGUUGGCUGCAGAGGAAGCGCUGCUAGCGAUGACUAUUCCGAAGUUCGAACAGAUUUCGCGCUUCGAUCUCGAAAACUUCAACACACUUUUGCUUCCGUUCUGUGAUUACAAACCGCUGGAUAGCGGUACGCUCAACACGUUCCGAAUGAUGCUGAGCGAAACGAGUUCUAGGGUGAUUGCGACGCAUCUGACGCGGGUUGAUAUUAGUUUAAUAUUAGAAAAAGAUGAAGAGAAAAAAGACAACCUUCUCAACUGCACCGGUUUGGAGUUGAUCACCCUGGAACAGGGACGCCAGUUCCGGCUGGAUUUGAUUGAACGAACCGAAUGUAUGAAACUACUGGUAGCGGUUACCAUUUUGACCUGUCAGGAUGAUCUGGAGCGGGCGGACACCUUGAACAAGUGGAUACAAAUCGCCGUGGAAACCAAAACUGCCCUCGGGAAUCUGUUUGGAUUCUGUGCCAUCAUGCUUGGGUUAUCGAUGCCACAGAUUCAAAAGCUGGAAACGACGUGGCACACAUUGCGCCAAAAGUACACCGACAGUGCAUUUAAUUUUGAAGCUAAACUACGACCUACGCUGAACAGCAUGAACGACUGCUCGAACCCACAGGCACCGAACACAACGAUACCGCACAUACUGCCAUACAUACUGGUUAAGGAUCGCACAAUCACCGAUAUUCUAGUAGACCCCCUGCAACAGCCGCAGAGUUGCUCCUCGCUGGUCACGAGUUGCGUAACACCUUGGGAAACUAUAACUCAGGAUUUUGGCUUCUCCGUACUAUUUGCUCAUCUAGACGCCGCAAGAAGUUUCGUAAACAAUCUCUCGCUCUAUCGGAAGAACGCACAUGGCAUCAUGCAAGACACCAGCCGGCUCGAUUCACUGCUAGAGGAUGCUUUUAGAACCGAAUUCCAAGUAAAGUUCCUUUGGGGCAGCAAAGGCUGCUUCGUGCCGGCCGAAGAUCGUCAUGCCAAAUUCGAACACGUGCUCACGGUAAUGGCGGAUAAGUUUUGCGGAGAUUCGACCGUAAAUGCUGCCGGGUAAUCCAGCGAAGUAAACCGUAAACUACCCAAUCCAUGUGUUUUCUACCAUUCAUCUCUUUCCUAUCUCACAACUACAUAACUUUAUCUCUACUUACUCAUGUUAUCAGGCAUUUCAAAAUCAAUGAAGGAAAACAUCAAACAGCAACAAAACUUUUGAUAGAAACUACAUUUUUAUGAAACACUUUUAGCUCAAAUAUUGAAAGACCUACGAUAUGAGACACAAAAAUCAAACGAAACAAUAAUCACAAAAGUUUAGUAAACGUGCAUGAGGAAUUUCUGAAAGUAUCAAACGAAAUAGAUAUUUCAUUUUGGAAGUUGUUUAAACGCGAAUCGAGGGGCAAAAGAAUUUACCAAUUCCAUUGAUGGGAAAGAAAACUCGUUUCAGCGAAUCGAUUUUUCGUAACAAUUUAAUUAAAGCUAGUCAAGAUGAAAUCGAAGUACUUACUGUAAUUGGUCGUUUGUGUUUUGCGAUAUAAAACAAUAAUUUUAUUUUGCAGUAUUUUUGCAAACGAUUAAUCUACACUAAAAUGUAGAAAUGCUUUUUAUAGAGUUUUUACAAGUCGAACCGUUGGAAGAUAAGUGAGAAUCUGUAUUUCAAUGUAUGCAAAUUAUACCUAUAUUCUUAUUUUUCAGUAAUGAUUUCUACACAACCUAGUAGCUACAAUUGAUGCAAUAGACUGAUGAUUUAUUGUCAAAUAACUGGUUUGUACUUUUUAAAGCAAUACCUUGAAAACAUUGAUUCAAAUUUUCCAAACCACCCAUCUACUUUUUUUCGUACCAUUUUAAUAUUGAAAUUCAUGAAUAUUAAACACAAGCAUUGUAAAUCAACGUAGAACCACAAACUAAAAUGAACUAUGCGCAUGAAACUAGAGUUAAAGCAUAACCAUAGAAACAUUUAGUGCAAGUAGUUAAUCUUGAAGGCAUUCUCGGAAAAUACAGAAACUGUAUGAUAAUAAAAUAUUAAGACAUUUAUACCAAGAGAAGAAAAUUUAUAUACCGUUUCGUAAAACACGAAGGACAUCUAAUCUCACUAAUUUGUUGGACUAAUCACAUAAUAGUCACCGCAUUGUUAAAAUUUUAUUGAUUAAAACAUUCCAACCCAAACAAGAAAGAUUUUCCGUUGAAUGGAAACCGAAUACAUCUUGUACCAGAAAACCUAAAAAGCAACCAAAAUACCGAUUUUUAAAAGUGACAAACACCUAAAGCUAAUCAAUACACUUAUGUAGACGAAUAAAGUUGUAUAUUGUAUCGAUUUGAUCAAUCAUAUUUAUUUACCAUAAAAAAAGCAACCAAACUAAACUAAACUACACCACAAUGAAACACACACACAUUUUGGAACUAGGAUAGUAACCGAACGGUAUCAACCAAAAGCUACAGCAGCAAAAAAAAAACGGAUGGACUUUAAUCGGGUGAAUAUGAAAUGAUAAACUGAAAAGUAUUACGUAACGAGAUCGACUGUACCUUCAAUGUUCACGGACAUUCGGUAUAAAUGGAAGUGUUGAAGUGAAACAAUAAGCCAAGUUCGAUUGAGAAUUACCGAUUUUGGCACCACAUGUUUGUAUUAACUCGUACCGUACGCGAAAUAUGGGCAACAUCAAGUAUGAUAUUUAAAGGCAGGAAAUGAUUAUAAAUAAAUUAUUUAAUUGACACGGA